AUGCCUCAGAGACCCGUAGCCGCCAAAAGGAAGCCUUAUAGUCUGCGGCCCUUCUACGCUUCCGCUUUCGCAAUCACGCUGCUUGCGGCCUACAGCAUCUUCAUCCACCGCCCUGCGUCGGCACGUCAUGACGCCGGCCGCUCGCUGCUCUCGGCCCGCUCCGGCGAGGACUGUCGCCUGGUGCACUCCGCCGCCGACAAGUGCGCCUUCGUGAUACGCAACUGCCACGACGAUGAAGCUGGUCUCAUCGAGUACCUAACCUUCUACUACUGCACCUUGGGCACGGCGCAGCCUGUGGCCUUUGUCGUGCUGGUCGCCUGGCUCGGCCUCCUCUUCACCACCAUCGGCAUCGCUGCCAGCGACUUCUUCAGCGUCAACCUCAGCACCAUCGCCACGGUCCUGGGCUUGAGUGAGAGUCUGGCCGGUGUCACCUUCCUGGCUUUCGGCAAUGGCUCUCCCGACGUCUUCAGCACCUUUGCCGCCAUGAGCUCCAAUAGUGGGAGUAUGGCGGUCGGCGAACUCGUCGGUGCUGCUGGCUUCAUCACCGCUGUCGUGGCUGGUUCCAUGGCCUUGGUGCGGGAGUUCAAGGUCAGCAAGAAGACGUUCAUCCGCGACAUAUGCUUCUUCAUUGUCGCCGUUGCCUUUACCGUUGGCUUCCUGUCCGAUGGCAACAUCCACCUGUGGGAGUGCUGCGUCAUGAUCGCAUUCUACAUUUUCUACGUCAUUGUCGUCGUCGGCUGGCACACCGUUGUGAAGCGGAGGAAAGCCCGCAAGGCAAGAGAAGCUGCAUCGCGCGGUCAUUACUUCGCUUCCGUGGACCAGCAAGGGAACGACGAGCUGGAGCCUUACAGAGACGACCCGGACGAAGACACCACGCCGGCAGACAGGAGAACGGGCCCUGCCACCGUGGAUAUAGGGGUUCUGGAGAGGGGGCCCAGGAUAGAGAUUGGGGUUGUCGAAGAUGAAGAGACCGAGAACGAGCGCAACCAGCGAGUGGCUGCCGAGAUGGCGAGCAGCAUGCGGGUCAACCGUCCUCGUGGCAGGCGAAGCACGACUACAAUCACACCCAUUCGACCCAGUCUCAUCGGCGCCAUUGAGUUCCGCGCCGUGCUGUCCUCCUUGCAGGAAGAAAGAAACAUGCGUAUGGCUCCGAUCCACAUCACGAGGAGCCACUCGGACGACAGACUAGAAUUUACUUGGAGCGAGCGUGGAGGAGUUGCCGUGCGUGGUGCACAAAGUGCUCAGACGAUCCAGGGCGUCGGCGAGACCAACAUAGCUACCAGAAGUCGUUCACGCUCGUCAGGGGCUAUUCCGGUCGUUCUUGACAGCGACCUUGGAGGGCCGGCAGAGUCGAGGAAUCCCAGUCGCGGCCCCUCGAUGCGCACCGUGGGGGGGAUGCUUGCGCCUCCUGCGGUCGAUUCAACGGGUGGCCUCGCUGCUUCGGACGAUGACUCAGGCGCCGAAGAGCCUCCUGUCUCCCCAAGCGGUUUGCGCCUCAGUAUUCCCAGUCCUAGCCCCACAGUCAGCCAACAGUCUUCACCUGUUGCAUCCCCCUUUCCGCAAUAUACCGAUUCUCCGCUGCCAAUCACGCCAAAUCUGUCCCAGCCGGCGUUCUCGACGCUUCCUACCCCAGCCAUGGAGCGGCCGUCACCAUUCGAAAGCCUCCAACCACAUGGACAGCACAAGCCCGUCAGGUGGUGGCCGUAUCAAAUUCUACCGGCCCCGCACGUUCUCAUGAGUACUUUGUUCCCUACCCUACAAGGCUGGCGAGACAAACCAGUCUGGGACAAGCUAGUGAGCGCUAUUUCUGUGCCAAGCAUCUUGCUUCUCGUCAUCACGCUGCCGGUAGUGGAGAGCGAGACAACAGAUGAUGACCCGGAUGAGAGCAUCGUGGACGAGCCAGCUACAGGCCAUGCCGGGAACAUCGCGGCGCCCGUGUCCUACGAACCCAGCGGAUCAAUCGAGCCCGAAACCGAGUGGCAGUGGUACAGGAGGAGGACAAGAUCCCGCGGUUCGUCAGGCACCACGUCACCAGCCCUGCUUUCAUUAGCUACCCCCGAGGACUCGCGUGGCCCUGUGCUCGCCGAGGCCGUACAGCCUCGCCUCGGGCAACUAGACGUGCAACAUGCCAAACCUGCUUCAGAUCUUACCUCGGCUCCUGAGAGCGAGGAUCAAGGCUGGAACCGGUGGUUGUUGAUCGUGCAGAUCUUCAUCGGGCCUUUGUUCUCUGUGUGUGUUGUUUGGGCGAACAUGGCCGAGGACCUUGAACGACCAGGCAAAACCCUCCUCAUGGCCGCCCUCAUCUCGCUUGUUUGCUCUCUUGUCUUACUAGCUAUCCUCCUUUUGACUACCACACCCGAUCAUCGCCCUAGAUUUCAUUUUCUGUUUUGUUUCCUUGGCUUCAUCAUCGCCAUUGCUUGGAUAUCUACGAUCGCGGGCGAAGUCGUCGGCGUGCUCAAGGCUUUUGGAGUUAUUCUAGAUAUAUCAGAAGCGAUUCUGGGUCUUACUGUUUUCGCCGUCGGUAACUCGGUGGGGGAUCUUGUUGCGGAUAUCACCGUCGCCCGCCUAGGAUAUCCUGUCAUGGCUCUAGCGGCAUGCUUCGGUGGCCCCAUGCUGAAUAUCCUGCUUGGUGUUGGGCUGGGCGGUGCCUACCAAAUCAUCCAAUCCUCCAACAAGCACCAUCUCAAGCACCCGGACAAACCAUUCAAGUACAAAUCUUAUCACAUACAGGUUGGCGGUACCCUCAUGGUCUCGGCAGUCGUGCUUCUGGUCACGCUUCUUGUGCUCUUGAUUGUCGUGCCAGCGAACAGGUGGGUGAUGACGAGGAAGAUCGGCUGGGGUUUGAUAGCCUUGUGGGCCAUCGGCACCAUCGUAAAUCUCGUUAUUGAGGUAACGGGCGUGUGGCAGGACGUCGCCUAG